UGUCAGAAAGUGAGUUCAUUCCUCGGACUCGAGAAGACGGUACGCCGUCGAUUGCUCGGUGCCCCUUCGAUUGCAUUAAGCGAAAAGAAACCGUAAGCGGAGUACAGCUCAUUCCACCGAGCCCGGCCAUGGACGAACAGGCGGGCCCCGGCGUGUUCUUUAACAACAAUAACUCUGUUUUACCCGGCGCUGGCAAAGGACCACUGCCUGAUGGCGACGCAGGGGAGGCGGCUCGGGCGCAGUACAGUAUCCCGGGGAUAUUACACUUCCUGCAGCACGAAUGGGCCCGUUUCGAAGUCGAGAGGGCACAAUGGGACGUGGAGCGUGCAGAAUUACAGGCUCAAAUCGCCUUCCUACAAGGAGAGCGGAAAGGCCAGGAGAACCUUAAGAAAGACCUUGUGAGGAGGAUCAAAAUGUUGGAGUUUGCACUUAAGCAAGAGAGAGCAAAGUACCACAAAUUAAAAUACGGGACUGAGUUAAAUCAAGGUGACAUGAAACCACCAAGCUACGAUUCCGACGAGACGAAUGAGAACGAUACUUCUGGAUCGCUGAACAAUCAGCUGUCCUGGAAACAAGGACGGCAGCUUCUCAGACAGUACCUGCAGGAGGUUGGCUACACAGACACCAUUUUAGAUGUGAAGUCACAGCGUGUCCGAGCACUGUUGGGUCUAGCUGGCGAUGGAAGUGGGAAGACAGUUGAACGUAUAAGUACAGAACCUUUGGUCAAUGGGACAGACACAACAAAGGGCAUGGGAACCAGAGCGAAAACUGAGCUCUCGGACACGAGCGCUGUAUUGGAAGCCUUCAAGUUCAUCGAGAAUGCAGCAGCUGAGUUCAGUGAUGAAGAUGAUGAAGAGGAUAGUGAGGGGAAGGACAGGACCAAUGUGGAAUCCAGAACGAUCAUUAGAAAGAAGCCAUCAUCGUCAACGCCGCCAGCUAGUAUGGACACUAGUGAGGACCCAGACACAGAAGAUGCUCUUAAGGGCUUUGACUUUUUAUCAAGUCCUGACGAGAUGGACAUCUCACCUGAGUGCAGAGGGACAGGAGACGGCACUGACUGGGACAAGGACGAGCACGGUCCCAUUUCUGAGGCCUGGGACGUGGAUCCAGGCUUGAUAACCAAACUCAAGGAGCAGUACAGAAAGGAGCGCAAGGGGAAAAAGGGGGUGAAGAGACCCAACCGGUCCAAGCUCCAGGACAUGCUGGCUAAUUUGAGGGAUACUGAGGAUGUGUCCCACAUGCAGCCACCAUCGACCACUCAAUCCCGAUCCAACGUUGUGCGAUUUAACGAGCACGACGGCAACCGAACAGAUGAAGUGGAGGCGCUGACCUUCCCGCCUACUUCAGGGAAGUCGUUCAUUAUGGGCUCAGACGAGGCCAUGGAGAGCGAGCUGGGCCUGGGCGAGCUGGCCGGGCUCACUGUAGCCAACGAGGCCGACAGCUUGGCGUACGAUAUUGGCAACAAUAAAGAUGCCAUGAGAAAAACCUGGAAUGCUAAAUUUACACUCCGGAGCCAUUUUGACGGGAUUCGGGCCCUGUCUUUCCACCCAGUGGAACCUGUCCUUGUAACUGCUUCAGAAGAUCACACACUCAAAAUGUGGAAUCUUCAAAAGACAACUCCAGCCAAAAAGAGUACAUCUUUAGAUGUGGAGCCCAUCUACACGUUCAGGGCCCACAGGGGGGCUGUGUUGAGCGUAGUCAUGAGCGCCACUGGGGAGCAAUGUUUUAGUGGAGGAGUGGAUGGCACCAUCCAAUGCUGGAACAUGCCGAAUCCCAACAUCGACCCCUAUGAUUCCUAUGACUCAUCAGUUCUUCGUGGGGAGCUGUGCGGUCACACAGACUCCGUUUGGGGUUUAGUGUACAGCAGUGCACACCAGCGCCUUCUCUCGUGCUCGGCCGAUGGGACAGUGAGACUGUGGGACGCCAACAGCACCUCCCCAGCCCUCGCAGUAUUCAACGAAAAUAAAAAGAUGGGAGUUCCCUCUUCGGUGGACCUGGUUUGCAGUGAACCAGCUCACCUGGUCACAUCCUUCACUAGCGGGGAGAUCGGCCUUUUCAAUAUGGAGACAAGUCAACUUGUCCUCAGUCUAGAGUCCAAUGCAGGGCAAGGUCUUCCAAUUCACAUCAACAAGAUCCUCAGCCACCCAACGCUGCCCAUCACCAUCACAGCACAGGAGGACAGACACAUCAAGUUCUUCGACAACAACACUGGCAAACUGAUACACUCUAUGGUGGCCCACCUGGAUGCCGUCACGAGCUUAGCCGUGGACCCCAACGGACUGUAUCUCAUGUCGGGCAGUCACGACUGCUCCAUCCGCCUGUGGAACCUGGAGAGUAAAACCUGCAUCCAGGAGUUCACGGCUCACCGAAAGAAAUUUGAGGAGUCCAUUCACGAUGUGGCUUUUCAUCCCUCCAAAUGCUACAUCGCCAGCGCCGGGGCGGACGCUCUUGCCAAGGUGUUCGUAUGACGCAGUGCCACGUCUCUCCCCGUAGCUCCCUUCCCCGUCCCUGCCUCCAGUAACCAGGGACCAAUUGAGGCACAGGAGGGGAAUAGACUUAAAGGGACGGGUCCAAUCUCAUCCCCCCAUCGCUCACUGGGAGACGCCGUAGCUGCAAACGGGACAUGGAUCUCCACGUGAAGUUCGGGCUGGGAGAACUGUUCUCUAGCCCUUAGUCAUCUAGCAUCCAGGCAGGCCUGGAUGUUAUCGCUUACAGCGCCAUCUCCACAGCUAGGAGGCUCAGAACAAGUGUGGGGGGAAAGGGGUGAGAAAUAAAGAAACCUGGUUUCAAGCCGCUCAGCCCACCCCCCUCAGGCCUUUUCCUCCCCAUCGACAGACCCCCCCCAACAAGAUCAGGUUUUGUUUUCAGUCCAGAUUCACUUCUCCUCUUGCUGGUCUGCCUUGAUUUUCCUUUUUAAAACACUUGUUGACAAAUGUGCCUUUGCUUUAAAAGGCCUUGGAAAUGUUAUUUUAACAAGCUUGUUUCUGGGGAGUGGUGAGGGAGGGAGCGCCAGAGAAACUCAUCCGGUUGCCACAGUGUUGCUGAUUUUAACAUUGGAUGUAAAAUGACAAAUACUUAUAAUAAACAAAAUAUAUAUUCAGUCUUAAAAUUAACUGUGCAGUGAGUUUGAGUGCUCCUUUUGAUAAAUGUAUCUGGGGAAUCAGUUUUGUGCUUUUCCAGACAAAGCUGGUAGUGUGACGCAAAGCAGAUACAGUAUAUGGUCUGUUUGUUAGAAUAUUGUACACUUGACAAGUAAGAUUAGCGUACAAACAUUUGUGUCUAAAGUAAACCAUUUUUGGUUAUAUACUAUUACAAUUUAAAGUUGGUUAUUGAUGUCCAUUUUAGGAAUAACUAAUUUUGGCCAGUUUGCUCUUGUUCCAAUUGACUUGUACUGUUUGUAGUCCCCUCCCCCACCGGACAUGCUUAUUACAACGUGAUGUGUCAUGUCCACCUAUUGACAGUAGUCCAGUGUUUAGCGGGACCUUAGUGCAGUACUCAAGGACUCUUUCAAAUAACUUGUCCACCAUCUAACACGGAGUGAGGUGACAUUUCCUGCAAGUUCUAAUCCUACUGUAAACUGUGAGAUGUUCCUUGGGUUUGAAUCAAAUGAGCGGAGAGCGCAGCAUUCAACGAGCCAUUUUCUCAGUCACUGGUUUGUAAAUCAAAGCAAUGUUCAAAAUAAACCUGCUGUAAACUAUUCACCUCACUGUCAGUUGUUUUCAUGCACGCUAUUGAACUCAUUCUCAAAGCAGCGCCAUGAAGUUGUCUUAUUUUCUUUAUUUUAUCAAAACUUGCAAAAAAAAAAAAUCAUUGUGAGCAAAUAUGCUGAUAUGAAUAUGUACAAAUAAGGAGACAAUCAUAAAUACUCUUUAGACAAAAGCUGUUUAAAAGCAAGCGCACUGUUAAGGAAAUAAAUCAUGCAGUGCACGUAAGCUCCAUUCCAACGACCUUUCAUGCCGACGCAGUACAAGAACCAUAAUAAGGAACCGACACAGUGUCCCCACGAACCAAUUUCUCCAGUUAGGAAGAAAAAGCACCACUUUAGAUAAAGCGCAAAGAAAAAGCCUCAAAAAAGAAGUGCCGCUUGUGCCAAAUGUCAACUUUUCUUUGUCCUGGAACCACCUCGACUUAGAUACUCUUGCUUUACAUUUUGGUACCACCUUCAAAUAAUUUGCAAAUGAUGAACAGUUUCACUUUUUGAAUUGAACAACUGAAAAAUAUUGAACGAAAUUCACUUAUGCUUAAAGGUUAGC